CGCGUCGACGCGACUUGGAAGUUGCUCUUCACAAAUUCAUAAUUUCGAGAAUCUACACCACAAAACCAAUUGCUCACCAAAAUGAAAACACGAGGCAGACCUUCGAAAUCCGCGACGAAACCUGCAACGGAAACGGUCGAGAAGGAUACCUCGACGAAUCCAAAAGUCCAAUUGGAACCCGAUUCCGCGAAUCCACCACAGCUCUUCAUACUGCCAAAAGAUAAAAGCAAAGAUGCUCGCAUAGUGACUUUGCAGAAUCCAAGAUAUCUUAGCGAUAGUCGAUACCUUAUUUGUCCAGAGAAUGGCUUCUACGAAUUUACCAAAGUUGCCGCGCCGAGGACGACACCUAGAAGUUGGUUAUUGUCUGGGUCCGAAUCGAAUGAAGUGAAAGAGCCUGAUGCGAAGAGAAGGAAACAUUCAGGAUAUGUCACAAAGAGCGCGGAAAUGCUAGUUGCAACUGCCAUCGAUCCUCUGUUUGUUGUGCUUUCUGUAUUGGCGCCAUUACCUACCUCGAAAGGCUCAGAAGCCCCGAAGAAGUUGUUCUUAUCUGGAGAUGAUUACAUCGAGAAGAUUGCUACUGCGUCUCCGCAUUUCGGUGGAUUCUCACGGAUUAAAUCAAUACGGGAUCUAUUGGAACAAAGGAUGGCUGCUGUGUGCGAUACAGUCGAAGCUGGAGAUGAGAAUAUGUAUCGACUGAACGAAGAGAAGUUAUUUGGGGAGCUAUUGAAGAAGGCAAAGAACAUGUGCGAGACAGGUCUUCCACCGAGUAUGGAGGAGAAGCUUGUGAGGAAAGCACUCGACAUCCCAGUGCUUAGUAUAAAACGGGAGGAUAGUUCUCUACACGAAUUGGUGAAUGAGGAGGCAGAGACCCCAGAUACUCAAACGUGUGUAUCGACAAUAGAGAGUGCUGGGACUUCUUUCUCCGAGGCUUCGACAGCUGCGACAUCAUUUUCGGACGAUCCCAUUAUCGAGUCUAAGCCAAAGGCGAUACCACCUAUCAAUGCUCCAGAAGGAGUUGUAGAUCUCCUCCGACUUCGUACGGCACUUUACUUCAUUUGCGCCGCUUAUCUGGCACCUCAUGUCACUGAGACGGUGAAGAAAAUGGCCGCUUCUUCUGCCUCGGUUGACUUUGCACCUUUAGAAGCCCAUCUUGCACACCUUGCAAAAUUGAGGCAAGACGCUCUUGCUUCGAGGUCACUUGGGGACUUCUCGAGAAAGAGGUUAGCUGCCGAGGAUAUAGAGACUAGAGCAGAGAAAAAGAGAAAGGAGGAUGAAGAGGAGAAGCGGAAGAAAGCAAAUGAGAGUAGGGGUGUGAAGGCUUUGAAGAAAGUCAACGUGACUGGCAUGAAGAAGAUGAGUGAUUUCUUCAAGAAGAAAUGAAUUUUGAACUUUGUAAAUACAAGCUUAACGCAACAAUCGGCAACCACAUUUCCAAUCGUCAUUUCUCAAAGAAAGCACUUU